GAAACGACACAGGAAGGUCCCUCAAACUUGGUCCAGGUUCCUGAAAGUUAAGACUAACAAUAUGGGAAUUUGAGGCCUUAGCUAGAGAAAACAAGAGAUGGGAAUCUGAGAGACGACGUGAUAUAGCGAAAGAUCCGGCGAGCUUGUUGCUAUCUAGUUUACUCUCUUUUUGAUCCAUCUUCUCUUCUUCCAAUCUAUUCACUUCUGCCAGCUAACAAUCCCAACACAAAAAAAAAAAAAAAAAAAACAUUAAUUAUUUGAGUAGUUUCCAAGUUCAUAACAUCUAUAAAUUUUUAAACACUUUUCCUCUUCCCAUAGCCAUUAAGACUUACUAACUACUCUCAUUAAACACACUUUUUAAUUUCUCUGUCUGUUCAAACUGCAAUAAAUUCUAUCAUCAUUGAUAUAAUAGUUUAAGUCUCUACAAAUAGACUCAUCAUACAGUUGUGGCCAUUCUGCAAUAUCCCUUGCCUACUUGAACCUUGCCUACUUGAACUAGCCUCAGUAGCUCCAAUUCUAGGCAGUUCAUUACCCCUCAAAUGGCACUUGCCAAGGACCAAAUAACACAUGACUCGUGCAUGGGCACGGUUCAAGUUCCUGGUUUUUCCUCGCCAGGACCUUAUGCCGUAGAUGAUCAUGGACAUAGCAAGGCAGUUCUGCAAAAAAAAGACUUUUUAGAAAAUGGGGUUGUGAUUAAGAAUAUUGGUAUGGGCCAUUCAUCUCCAGUACUUUUCGGUCCCUGCAGCAGCGUGAAUUCUAAUGCAUCGUUUGUGUUUACGGCUACAAGUAAUUAUCAACCUGAAGAAGCUGCUCGUGAUUCCUUGAUAGAUUUUAAAGGCGGGUACGGUAAUUUCAUGCAUGCCUGUGAAUCUUUACUUAGCUUUGAGCAGAGUGAACGGGCUUCGCUAAACAGCAAUUUCUUUGAAACUAACAAUCACAAAGAUGAGUACUCAAUGUGGGAGCAGGCUAAUUUCAGUCAGAAUUACCAGCGGAAUCAGAUUAGUACUACUCCAAAAUGCGGCACCGACCCACGCCUUUUGGAGGAGUUGAGUUGUUUUCAGACACAAAGCAAUGACAGAUCCAUCACCAACACCUCUGCCAAAGAAAGAGAGCAUGGGGGAGAUGGGACAUAUGGAUGGUUAUACUCCGAAGCUACUGUGGUCACUGAUAGCACCCAGGAGUCUACACAUGAAACAAGCUUCCACAAGCGUGCCCAUAUGGGAGAGAGAACGCAAGCUUUAAAGAAGCGGUGCACCAAUGCAAAUAAGAAGCCCGAACCAAAGUCAAGUUCCCCUAAGGAUCCUCAAAGUAUUGCAGCCAAGAAUCGGAGAGAGCGGAUUAGCGAGCGGCUUAAGGUACUGCAGGAACUUGUGCCUAAUGGUUCCAAGGUUGAUCUGGUUACCAUGUUGGAGAAAGCCAUCAGUUAUGUCAAGUUUCUUCAACUGCAAGUUAAGGUUUUGGCAACGGAUGAAUUUUGGCCUGCUCAAGGUGGGAAAGCUCCUGAUAUUUCUCAAGUAAAGGAAGCAAUUGAUGCUAUUCUCUCCUCUCAGAGAGAUAGAAAUUCGAGCUCAAAGUGAAUUGGUUAAAUCGACAAGAAGAAGAAGAAGAAGAGUCAAUAGAAUAGUAAAUGUCUGAGGCCAACGUCAAAGGAAAUUUAUGAAAAAGAUUUGUGUUGAAAGCUAACUAGAAUGCUCUAGUAAAGCAUUUGAGAUAUUAUUAAAUAGCUGACAUAUCCUUUUCUUUUAUGUCUGAAGCUUUUAUGACAUAAUUGUGAAUUUCCCUAUGUAAUGAAAGAACUGGGACUGCAACCUAGCCCCAGUUUCAUUUACUCUGAAUUAAAGCACCUGCAUGACUCUAGUCGAAAGUCCAACUCCUUAAGAUUUGGUACUAUUUGGCAGUUAAUGUAUGAAACUCUGGAUUUUAUGUGA